CCGCGACUCGCGCGCAUCAUGCUGCGCCUCGCGCCUACCGUUCGCGCGUCGAGCGCGUCGAGCGCUUCGGCGCGCGUUCCACGGCGCGUUCCACCGCGCGCCGCUCGCAUCGCGCGUCACGCGAGCCCGCGCGCGCGCGUUUUCGUUCGCCGUGUCGCGAUUCCACGAGGUGUGCAAAUCACGCCGCCGCGCGCGCUCUCGAGCGACGACGACGACGCGCGAUCGUCGAGCGAGGCGAUUCGUUCCGAUGCCGUCGACGACGCGGCGCCGGCGCCGCGCGCGAGCGACGCGAUGGUGGAGCCGUGCGACGGCGACGACGGCGCCGGCGUCGUCAGCGGCGCCUCCAAGCCGAACGACUCGUACGCCAUCGAAAAGCGGCGCGCGAACACGACGGCGAUCGUGGGCACGGGACCGGUGGCGCAGACGCCGGCGGUGGCGCGGGAUGAGCCGACGAAAUCGACGCCCGCGCGCGCGGAGUCGACGACGCGGCCGGUGUUGAGCGAGGAAGAACUGUUGCCGCCGUCGAAGCGGGAACCGAGAGGGAAAGAGUACAAAGAAGACGGUGGAGAUAAGGAAGGGGGGGACGCCGCAGACGGUGAUGGGAAAGGACCGAGCGGAAGCGCGACGAAGGGAGGCGCGACGACGAAGACGAAACCGAAAACUGACGGAGAGAAGGAGACGGGGGAGAAGAAGCUGGCGACGCCGAAGAGCGCGCCGGUGGUGAGCGGAGGCGCGAUAAGGUCCGCGGCGGGAAUGGCCGCAGAAUCUGGUGCUGAUCCCGUGUUAGCGGGCGUGGGCGGUGGCGAUGAUGGCGACGACGCGCGGUCCGGCGGCGGCGGGGGAGGAGGAGGAGGAGACGAUAAGAAUGACGGAGACGACGAGGACGAAGAGGAAGAUGACGACGACGAGGUCGUGCUUCCCGAUCCCUGGUACAAACUCGCGUGGGAAGAAACCGAGCGCGAGAUUGUUCGCAUCAUGCAAAGGUUGCUCAAUAUUUGGAUCACGCGCGACCCGAGCAAGACGACGCGACUCGUUUUGUUCUCCGUCAUGGGUACCGGUUUAUUCUUAGCUUCGCUGCUACUUUACCCCGAGAAUCCUCUCGAGUUUAGCGAUAAUGGAUUGUUUAGCUCUGUGUUCGGUCGUAACCCUCGCUGGGUGAUCAAUCGUGAACUCGGUCCUGUGCAGCCGACGUUGUUGAGCACAACGUGCGCGUGUGCCGUGGCUUUCGCCAAGGUUCGUCUCGGUGCGAACAUGUUCAAGCUCUCACCCUUCAUGCACGGCGUCCUGGGCCUCCCCAUGGGUUUCAUGUUAGUCUUUAGAUGGAACAACGCGCACGAGCGCUGGUGGUACGGCCGCACGUGUCUCGGAAACAUUUUGUUUUACUGCAAAAAUCUUGGCGGCACGUUCUGCACGUGGGUCGCGCCGGACGACCCGAUACUCGCCGCGCGAACGCUGGGUCUGAUUGGUGCUUUGAAAGAAACCGUGGCUGAUCGAUUGAAUGGUACAGUGCUGAACGACGGAGCGAUUUUGAGUCAGCUCACCACACCGCUUGACGCGGGAGACUUGGAAGGAUUAUUUCUCGCCGAGAAUAAGGUGUUGUACUGCCUCGAAAAGAUUCGCGGCUGCGUCCAAGAAGCAUUCAACAAAGGUUACGUCCCUCCCGCCAUCGCGAGCACGAUCCACAGCGAGGUGGCGAUGAUCAUGGAUAACUACGGGAGUUGCGAAAAAGUCGUCAACCAACCGCCUCCGGGUUGCAUCAUCACCCACUUGAAGUCUACGCUCAUGGUGUACGUGUGCUCGUUACCGAUGAUUUUAGUGCAUGAAGUCGGAGUAUGGGGCGUCGUCCCCGUCACCACCAUUCUUUCUCUCGCCCUGUUCGGGAUUGAGGCUGCGGCUGAGCAAAUCGAGCAGCCGUUUGGCAACAGACCGUACGAUUUGCCCGUGCGCGCGCUGAUGAAUAGCAACUCGCGAGACCUCGAGCAGACGAGCGAAAAGGUGAUCGGAAUGACGGGCUUCGUAAACGGGGUGAAGAUGCCGUUCAUUCCAGAAGGCUCAACGCCGUCGAAGGAGGCGAUGUCGGCGAAGACGUUGCCACAGACGUUGAAGACGUCUGAACCGCCGACGCCACCACCGCCGCCGCCGGCCGCUUUCGUCACGCCCGCGCCUUCUGCGGCUGCGCUCAAGGCGGCGGCGGCGCCGCCGAUUUCGGAGUCAUCCGUCGUUAUUCCGACGGCGCGCAAGGACAACACAGUCUCGUUUUCGAGCGAUCGCUUAGAUGCCGCUUCCGUCGCGGCGCUGAGCAAGGAGAGUCCGUUCGCGUUCACAUCGAACGAGCCUGCAACGAGUUCUGCUGAGCCGGCGAAACAGCCGCAGCCCCCGUCACCAAAGGUAGAGACCCGAGACGGUGAAGGCGUGCCUUCGCGUCCAUCGACGCCUACGGCACCGAUGACGCCCCCUCGAGGAAAGAGCGCGUUGCAAGCUGCGAUGGAUGCGGUUUCAGAGACGGCGAAUUCGCGCGCGCCGGUGAACCCUUCGUCCUACUUGUCGCCGUUACGAACGGGUCGGAUGUCCGAUGCAUCGAGUUUAUCGUCGUCGGCGCCGGCGUCGACCACCAAGGGUGAGCUUCCGGCUUGGAAAGCGCAGAGCCCAAUUGAAAUUUACGAUCAAGUGCUCGAUGAGCGACCAAGCUCGACGAUUCCGGACUCGCCUCGAUACCACACGCAAAAUUCAUUGCGACGACGAGACUCCUACGGGCAGCAAUUCUUCGAUAUGUUCACUCAGCGACCGCAAGCCAACGGCGCGUCCGAGCCGAACAGUGCAAAAGCUGGUUCGAACUUACAGCGAUCGAGCUCGGUGGGCCUACCGCGAUCGAGUAGCGUCAGCAACUUGUCGGGCCCGUCGUAUCGAACGAACGCCGAGGGUGAACGCGACAUUCGCGACAUCCCAUUCUCGCGCAAUGCAUUCGGACGAUCGCCGUCGAGAUCGGAUCUUAUCUCCGAGGAAGACGGCGGCGUGCCCAUGCGACGCGUGGGCGCGGUGAACCGCUCGACGUCCGUCACGGACAUGAGCGCUCUAGAGGAGGCCAUCAAGAGAGCGCGCGAGGCGCGCAAGCGAACGUCCGGGGGCUCGGGCUCACCGUGAAAAGAAGGCACACGAUAGAAAGACGCACAGUAGAGCCUUCAAAUGUAUUGUAUAAAA